GAAAGCAGCGCCAGUCUCACAUAGAGUCUCACAGAACUUGGUGCAGUGUGUGCUGUGUGGAGGAGGUUGCUGGAUCUUCCCCUCCCCGAGAGUGAAUCUAGUAGUGUGAAUCUUUUUGUUUCAUUCUUUUUUCCUAUAUAUCUCUUCCUCACAUCUCCAGGAACACAAGAAAGGCAGCGGCGGCAGCGUUAGGAAACAGUUCGUACCGCGUCAGUCGGGAGUGGUGACCGCGUAAAGUGCUGCCGUUCCGUGCUAUUUCAGCAGUCGCCUCGACUUCGCGCUGUCCAACAUCAGCAGCAAGAAGGCAACAUUAACGUACUAGCUGUUCAGCAGACAACUCGAUUUGCCUGAUAAAGUAAACACCUUAAUCUGCAUUAUCUCCCUCCUUACUUAUCCGCCCUUCCCCCCGCUUCGUGGUUUACAUUCCAGUGGACUUAGAACGUCACACGCACUUGUAGUGACGUUAAAGUGAGUGAAUGAGUGUAUAUAUGUGUGUGAAUAUACUCUGAUCUAUCGGGGUAGAUAAUAAGAAUAACGUCCUACCUUAACAUUGAGGGAAGGUGAAGAUAUUAGUGCAACUAAUUUACUGUAAAAUUCGGUAGUUGAUACAGAAGCACCAGUACCAGCGUCUCAAGGAGUAACAGUACUUGGACUCCAACCAUGCCAGCCGACAAGCAUGGGCGAUCUGAUUCCUAUCGCGUCGCCACGAUCUCAGCUACACAAGACGACAACAAGACAGCUGAUGGGAGGGACAAGUCUCGUAAAAAGGCAAAGAAGGGAGACAAUUUAGAUGACCUGAAACAAGAAUUGGAUAUUGACUAUCAUAAAAUUUCUUUAGAAGAGCUAUAUCAGCGGUUCAGCACAAAUCCAGACACUGGUUUAACACAUGCCAAAGCAAAAGAAAAUCUAGAGCGAGAUGGGCCAAAUGCUCUCACACCACCUAGACAAACCCCUGAGUGGGUCAAGUUUUGCAAAAACCUGUUCGGAGGCUUUGCCUUGCUACUAUGGAUUGGUGCAAUUUUGUGUUUUAUUGCCUAUUCCAUCCUGGCUAGUACAGUGGAAGAACCAGCAGAUGACAAUUUGUUCCUGGGCAUUGUACUGGCUGCCGUGGUUAUCGUCACUGGUAUCUUUUCCUAUUAUCAAGAAAGCAAGAGCUCCAAAAUUAUGGAAUCUUUCAAAAACAUGGUGCCUCAGUUUGCCACAGUGCUACGAGAUGGUGAGAAGUUGACACUGCGUGCAGAAGACAUUGUAUUGGGCGAUGUAGUGGAAGUGAAGUUUGGGGACCGUAUUCCAGCAGAUAUCAGAAUCAUCGAGUCACGGGGCUUCAAGGUGGACAACUCGUCACUGACUGGCGAGUCUGAACCACAGAGCCGAGGCCCUGAAUUUACCCAUGAGAAUCCACUGGAAACCAAAAAUCUUGCUUUCUUCUCUACCAAUGCCGUGGAAGGUACUGCAAAAGGUGUGGUUAUCAGCUGUGGUGAUCACACUGUCAUGGGCCGUAUCGCUGGUUUGGCAUCAGGUCUUGACACUGGAGAGACUCCCAUUGCUAAAGAGAUCCACCAUUUCAUCCAUUUGAUCACUGGUGUUGCAGUGUUCCUGGGUGUCACAUUCUUUGUCAUUGCUUUCAUUCUAGGCUACCACUGGCUUGAUGCUGUCAUCUUCCUUAUAGGUAUCAUUGUGGCAAAUGUGCCUGAAGGUUUGCUGGCCACUGUAACAGUGUGCCUCACACUGACUGCCAAACGUAUGGCCUCCAAGAACUGUCUGGUGAAGAACCUGGAAGCUGUGGAGACCCUGGGAUCCACAUCAACCAUCUGCUCAGAUAAGACAGGCACUCUGACUCAGAACAGGAUGACCGUGGCACACAUGUGGUUUGACAACCAGAUCAUUGAGGCUGAUACCACUGAAGACCAGUCUGGUGUUCAGUAUGACAGAACUAGUCCAGGUUUCAAGGCGUUGGCAAGAAUUGCUGCUCUUUGCAACCGAGCUGAGUUUAAGCCUGGUCAGGAUGGUGUUCCAAUUUUGAAAAAGGAAGUGAAUGGUGAUGCGUCAGAAGCUGCAUUACUCAAGUGUAUGGAGCUUGCCUUGGGUGAUGUGAUGUCCAUCCGUAAACGCAACAAGAAAGUCUGUGAAAUUCCUUUCAACUCGACGAACAAGUAUCAGGUGUCCAUCCAUGAAACAGAAGAUGCUAAUGAUCCUAGACAUCUGAUGGUGAUGAAGGGUGCUCCAGAGAGGAUUCUGGACAAAUGUUCUACUAUCUUCAUUGGUGGCAAGGAAAAGGUUUUGGAUGAAGAGAUGAAGGAAGCAUUCAAUAAUGCAUAUUUGGAGCUUGGAGGCUUGGGAGAACGUGUGCUUGGUUUCUGUGACUAUAUGCUUCCAACAGACAAGUUCCCACUAGGGUUCAAGUUUGACUGUGAUGACCCUAAUUUCCCACUCACUGGACUUCGUUUUGUGGGCCUCAUGUCAAUGAUAGACCCUCCACGUGCUGCUGUACCAGAUGCUGUAGCCAAGUGCCGUUCUGCUGGUAUCAAGGUUAUCAUGGUGACUGGUGAUCACCCUAUCACUGCCAAGGCGAUUGCCAAGUCUGUAGGAAUCAUUUCAGAAGGUAAUGAAACUGUUGAGGACAUUGCUCAGCGACUCAACAUCCCCGUGGCUGAAGUGAAUCCUCGUGAAGCCAAGGCUGCUGUGGUCCAUGGAACUGAGCUUAGGGAUUUAUCUUCAGACCAGCUUGAUGAAAUCUUGAGAUACCACACUGAAAUUGUGUUCGCCCGGACUUCACCCCAGCAGAAACUUAUCAUUGUGGAAGGUUGCCAGCGAAUGGGGGCCAUUGUAGCUGUGACUGGUGAUGGUGUAAAUGAUUCUCCUGCCCUGAAGAAAGCUGACAUUGGUGUUGCUAUGGGCAUAGCUGGAUCUGAUGUUUCUAAACAAGCAGCUGACAUGAUCCUCUUGGAUGAUAACUUUGCAUCUAUUGUGACUGGUGUUGAGGAAGGACGACUCAUCUUUGACAACCUAAAGAAAUCCAUAGCUUACACCCUGACAUCCAACAUUCCUGAGAUUUCACCCUUUUUGGCAUUCAUCCUGUGCGACAUUCCACUGCCCCUUGGAACUGUCACUAUUUUGUGCAUUGACUUGGGAACUGACAUGGUCCCCGCCAUUUCCUUGGCCUAUGAAGAAGCAGAGUCCGAUAUCAUGAAGCGCCAGCCACGAAAUCCUUUCACAGAUAAACUCGUAAACGAAAGGCUCAUCUCAAUGGCCUACGGACAGAUUGGUAUGAUCCAAGCGGCUGCUGGCUUCUUUGUUUAUUUUGUCAUCAUGGCAGAAAAUGGGUUCUUACCGAUGGAUCUUUUCGGAAUCCGAAAGAUGUGGGAUUCAAAGGCUGUCAAUGACCUUACAGAUUCAUAUGGUCAAGAGUGGACAUACCGUGAUAGGAAGGAGCUGGAGUACACUUGCCACACAGCUUUCUUUGUGACCAUUGUGAUUGUGCAGUGGGCUGAUUUGAUCAUCUGCAAAACACGACGGAAUUCCAUUGUCCAUCAAGGAAUGAGGAACUGGGCUCUGAACUUUGGGCUUGUGUUUGAGACGGCUCUGGCUGCUUUCUUGUCAUACUGCCCUGGGAUGGAAAAGGGUUUGAGGAUGUAUCCUUUGAAGUUUGUAUGGUGGUUGCCAGGUCUCCCAUUCAUGGUCUCAAUCUUCAUCUAUGAUGAGGUGCGUCGUUUCUACCUGCGUAGGAAUCCAGGAGGCUGGCUAGAGCAGGAAACAUAUUACUAAGCUGGGGCAAAUCAAGGCAAGCAUGCGAGUGAAGAUGGGUCCCUGAACACUAGUGAAGAUGGUGGUUCUGAGUUAACAUUCAGCAUUAUAUUAGGAACUCUUGAGGGCAACCAAGUCGUUUUCUCAAAAUUCAACCUGAACGCUUUGCUGGAGCCACGUUUUAGUAGGCAAUUGUUAGGGACUACCACAGAAGGUCCGAUGAGAGGGCAAACAUGGGACGGACAGGCGCCCAUGUGUUAGGCAACACAAGAGUGUGUGUCACGAUGUGUUUGUGCACGUAGGACCGGGUAGAAGUGCAAGUGCAACUCGAUGCUGGUGGUUCUUAGCCAGGCAGCAUUCUUGCUGGACUGUUUCAUCAUAAAGUAUUUUAUGAAUAAGAGUAAUUGGUUGUUAUAACUGCAAGAUGUAUAUGAUUCUGCUGUUAAAUCUACACUUUAAACUUGUUUUAGUUUGUUUAGAUGAGGGUUCUAACACUGUUAUAAGGUGUCACAGCCGUGACGUGUGUGACGGCAUGUUCUCCUUGCCGCCAGAUCUAAUGGGUCUGGUCUCGUUGGCAUCUCGUCUGCGUAGCAAGACCCCCAGCAUCACGUCCUCCGAUCGCUGGUGAGGGCGUUAGUUUUAUUGCAUUCAUAAAACACCCAACAACAAAAAUUUGGACGUAAAAUUGGGAUGAUCACACAUACUGACUUUGAAAUUGAGCUAUAUAGAUAUGUACUAUGGAAAUAUAUAACACGUACACAGAUGUUUGUUCAUUAUAGAGUUGAAUGUUGAGAGUUUUAAAAUCUUAAAACAAACUGUCACAAAUGUAACCAUUGAGUGUACAAAUUAAAAGCCUCAUGAUCCACCAUUCAAGCUGGCUUUGUCCAUAAGUACUUAGUGCAUGGGCCGGGGAGUAGCCGCAGUCCAGCGAGGUCCCUUCCCUUUCGUGCUGUUGUUCACCUUGCUCAAGUUAGAGAUCAUAUGCUUUUGUAGCUGGCAGUUUUGCUCAUUCUCCACCAACUCUGUCAUUUGUUCACAGUCCUUUCAAAUAUUAGCUAUCUGGAGCACAAGAAUAAAAGUGCUGAUAUCAUCGAUCGGGCUGCGUGCUUCGACCGGGUCUAGCUACGUGUGGGAAAAACAGACCUGGCUAAUUUGGUAGUCUUUCAUGACAUUCCAGACUUAAGAACAGUUGCCUUAACAGAAGGUGUUUUCAUUGAUAGAACAUGUACACAACAAAAUGUUUCACUAACAUCCAUUGUCAACUGUUGAGCUUUUAUUGAGUUAUGUUUGUCUAGCUUGAUGUGAAAAACAGGCCCCAUCUGUUGCAUUUAAAAAGUUGUUGAAGAUGCCAUUACCUUGUUAAAUGUAAUUUCCUGUCCUAAGAAACUAUGCAUUGCAUAGUAUUUUCCCCCCAUUUUUUUCUUCUUUAUGGCAAGCAGUUAUUAUUACAUAGAAGCAUAUGAAUUUUAGAGUAGUGGUCACCAAUCGGUUGUAAGGAUUGUGCUGCAAUAUAAUAGCUCAUACAAACCCAUGCUUAAAAAAAACUGGAUAUGUAGAAAUUAGAUGUGCAUUAGGAUAGUCUAACAGUGUUGUUAAAAGAAAUGGUCACUGCAUGAAUCAACGGUUUGGUCUCUUUGUUAUUAAGGAGUGGAAGGGGGGGGGGAUGAGUUGGUCUGUGAGAGAGCAGGCACAGAGAGGAUGGAGGAGACUGGGCAACCAUGUUGGAUGAUGGGUGCCUACUCAUUGAGAUAGCCCCAUAGUUAUGGUAUUCCAAAAAAAAACAAAAAAAACAACAGCAA